GAGCUGCUUAACUUUGUUCAGGGUGAUGGACACAACAGUUUAUUGAGCGAUGUCAGAUAGAACGAGAGGCAUCGUACACGGAAACCGCGAAUAUGUCCUCGAAACGCUUGUUAAAACGGUUAGAGUGUCACUUUGCUAGGUUUCUCCGUCAAUCGAGUCAUUUGCGUUGUGCUACCAGAGACCUUGAACCUGACACCUGGCAGCAUGAUCAGCUGCGCGAGAGGAUCCAAACCAGUAGUCAGUUGGUCUGCGACAACAAACCUUCGACCAUGUCAAGUAUCGAGAGGGAUCAACUCGGCGCCCGGGGAAAUGGGGAUGCCCUAUGCACGGGGAUGAUCCGCGGCUUAGAUCAUCUAAAAAAUCCACGAUUAAAUAAGGGAAUGGCAUUUAGCAUCGAGGAGAGGCAAACUUUGGGUAUACAUGGUCUCUUGCCAGUAGCAGUGAAAACUCAGGACGAACAAUUGGAGUUGUGUCGUCUGAAUCUGGAUCGCUACCCCGAUGAUCUUUCAAAGUAUAUCUACCUUAUAGGCCUACUUGACAGAAAUGAAAAGCUCUUUUACCGUUUGCUAGCCGACGAUGUGGCUAAAAUGAUGCCUCUGGUAUACACACCUACAGUGGGUCUAGCUUGUCAGAAAUUUGGUUUAGUAUAUCGUAGACCACGUGGUUUAUUUAUAAGCAUACACGAUAAAGGACACGUGUAUGAGGUUUUGAAAAAUUGGCCCGAACAUGAUGUGCGUGCGAUUGUCGUCACGGACGGAGAAAGAAUACUUGGCCUGGGUGAUUUGGGUGCAUAUGGAAUGGGAAUACCCAUUGGAAAAUUGUCAUUAUACACCGCAUUGGCUGGCAUUAAACCUCACCAAUGUCUGCCUAUAACUUUGGAUGUUGGAACAAAUACUCAGUCUCUGUUAGAUGAUCCACUCUACAUUGGUCAUAGACAUAAACGUGUCACUGGUCAAGAAUAUAAUGACUUUUUAGACGAGUUUAUGUCUGCUGUAGUCAGGCGAUAUGGACAGAACACCUUAAUUCAAUUCGAAGACUUUGGCAACGCCAAUGCAUUCAGAUUACUUAAUAAAUACCGCAACGAUUACUGUACCUUCAACGAUGACAUCCAAGGAACUGCUGCUGUCGCCGUUGCUGGUUUACUGGCAUCCCUUCGCAUCACCCACACCAAACUUUCAGAAAACACGAUUGUUUUCCAGGGUGCUGGAGAGGCUUCAUUAGGUAUUGCAUGGCUGUGCGUUAUGGCGAUGAUGAAAGAAGGAGUCAGUGAAGAGGCCGCCAAGAGUAAAAUCUGGAUGGUCGAUUCAAGAGGACUGAUUGUGAAGGAUCGUCCAUCUGGCGGGCUGACAGAGCAUAAAUUGAGAUUUGCACGUGAUAACGAGCCAAUAGAUUCACUGUUGGACGUAGUGAAGACAGCAAAGCCUACAGUUCUUAUUGGUGCUGCCGCGAUUGGCGGUGCUUUCACAACUGAAAUACUUGAAGAAAUGGGAAAGAACAACGAUAAACCAAUCAUUUUCGCUCUCAGUAAUCCAACUAGCAAAGCAGAAUGUACUGCUGAAGAAGCAUAUACUGCUACUAUGGGAAAAUGUAUAUUUGCCAGUGGAUCACCUUUCCCACCAGUGACGUACAAUGGUAAAACUUACCAUCCUGGCCAGGGAAACAACAGUUAUAUUUUCCCUGGAGUUGCAUUGGCAGUUAUUGGCAUCUGUAUGCGUACAAUUCCUGAAGAGGUAUUCCUCAUUUCCGCUAAAGCUUUGGCCGACAUAGUUUCGGAAGAAAAUUUGGAGACCGGAAACUUGUAUCCGCCAUUGCAGGACAUUCAGAAAUGUUCUUUGACGAUAGCCUGUGAAGUUAUGAAAUACGCGUAUGAAAAUAAACUUGCAACUGUUCAUCCAGAGCCUAAAGACUACAAGGAGUUUCUUAAGGCACAUCUAUAUGAUACGAGUUACCAACCAUCAGUUCCUGCAGUAUAUGCCUGGCCUAAGUUAUAAUUUUUUGACUGCUAUCAUCACUUACGAUAAAAUUUAAAUAUGCCGGACCCUCACACGUGCGAUAUGUGUUUCACAACGUUUAUUUUUUUUUCUAUUUAUCACUAUAUUGUUAAAGCCUGUUGAGCAAGCUCGUACAGAUGUGUAUAUGUAUUUUGUGUGUAUGUGUGAAAGCAUCUAUUCCGACAGAAAAAGAUCUAUGUAUAUCAGAUUGUAUGAGUCAUUGAUUGCAUUAAAUUAUUAUUGGGAUGAAGUUUAA